AUUUGGUGCCACUCCGCUUCCAAUACGGAGAGGGAUCCUGGAUGACGGAGGGGUGGGGGACCACUAUAAAGGAUCUCUGUUUCAAUGACCGGACCAGUGAAGAUCCAACGUUAGUCCGCGUUUAUAAUAGAUAACUUACAAACAUGAAGCUACACAUCCGAGCUCUAAAGCUGGCUUCUCCGGUGCUGAUGGUACUACUGUUGGUGCAAUUGCCGCCGUCAGCUGUUUUUGCGGCACCAUCGGAAGCAGUCGGCACGACACCGGUGGCAAUUGUUAGCCAAAGCUCGACCGUAAAUCCCGACGGUAGCUUCAUUUCUGCCUUUGAAUCGGCCGACGGUAUCAAGGUAGAGGAUGAGGGACAGGUGAAGACGAUCGAGGUGCCAUCGGAAAAUGGAAACCAACAGGCGACGAUCGUGGUACAACGGGGCACCUAUUCCUACUUCGCGCCAGACGGAACACCGAUCAGCGUGCAGUGGACGGCGGAUGAGGGUGGAUUCCGGGCGCAAGGAGCUCAUCUACCGGUUGCACCGGGAGUAGCCUAGGUGUCUAGUCCAACAAUCAUCCCCAUUAAUCCCCAAAAAGUGAACCCAAAAUAAAGACCGUUUC